GAAAGUGAAACUGUUGAGUCAUUCUCUCCUUCUGAAUGGUGAAAUGGCACAGCAAAGAAAUCAGCUGGACUCAGAGAACUUCUCUUGUUCCAUCUGUCUGGAUGUACUGAGGAAUCCGGUGUCUAUUCCCUGUGGACACAGCUACUGCAUGAACUGUAUUAAAAGUUUCUGGGAUGAAGAAGAUAAGAAGGGAAUCCACAGCUGCCCUCAGUGCAGGAAGACGUUCAAACCGAGGCCUGUUGUAGAGAAAAACAUCAUGUUAGCAGUUUUAGUGGAGGAGCUGAAGCACACUGGACUCCAAGCUGCUGCAGGUGAACAAUGCUAUGCUGGACCUGAAGAUGUAGCCUGUGAUGUCUGCACUGGGAGGAAGCUGAAAGCUGUCAAAUCCUGUCUGGUCUGCCAGGACUCCUAUUGUGACAAACACGUCCAGCGUCACUACAAUAUAGAUCGAUUACAGAAACACAGGCUGGUUUCGCCUUCCAGGAAGCUCCAAGAAGCGUCAUCAUCUAAUUGUGAGAUCUGCUCUCAUCACAGUGAGGUGAUGAAGAUUUUCUGUCGUACUGAUCAGCAGAGUAUCUGUUAUCUCUGCACAGUGGAUGAACAUAAAGGCCAUGAAACAGUCCCAGCUGCAGCAGAAAGGACUGAGAAGCAACAGAUUCACUUCAUGCAGGCAGGUCCUGAGCAGGGAGGCUCUGACUGGAUGUUGUUACUGGGAGGUGGAGUGGAGAGGAAGAUGUGUUUGUGUGGCAGUCGCAUACAAGAAUAUCAGAAGAGCUGUGUGCCCCACUGA